AUGAUUUGGCUGGUUGCACGUGGCAUUCUAUUUUCAUAUUGUCAUAUUGUUAAGCACUGGAUUGAACAUAAGUAUGGCAUAUUUAGCAAGUUAGAUGCUUGUAUAUUUGUUGUUAAUGUUUAUGAUGAGGGAAACAUCUUAAGUAUCGUUAUAGACAGCUCUCCUCAUGCUACUCAUGUUGCUGGUAUCGCCACUGCUUUCCACCCAGAGGAGCCCUUGUUAAACGGUGUUGAACCUGGAGCACAAUUAAUUUUAUGUAAAAUUGGAGAUUCAUGCUUAGGUUCAAUGGAGACUGGAACUGGCUUGACACGGGCACUGAUAGCUGCCGUCGAGCGUAAAUGUGAUAUGAUCAACAUGAGCUACGAACAUAUAAAAGAAAAAUCUCGGAAUACUUGUUGCCUAACAAAUGGUGAAGGGAUAUGA